GCUAAUAGUGCUUGCUUGUUAGAAUUUUGCAUUCAGCAACGUGAAGCAGGAACGUAUAAUGGUACAGUGAUGAGUGGUGAAGGGUACCAAGCCGUUAUCGACGGCUUACUUGCUAGAAGGGGGUUGGUAUAUAGCCGUUUGCAGGUGAAGAACCAGAUAGUCGUACUCAAAAACACUUACACUUUCUGGCGAUACAUGCAAGUGCAUACAGGGUUGGGGAGGAAACCAGAUGGAACCAUUGAUGCCGACUCUGAGUUCUGGAUAACACACACAGAGAAGAAACCAUACCUACGGAAGUUGCAGUGGGGUCCUCCAGCAAACGAGGAGUUGCUUGAUCAAUUGUUCAGAGGUUACACUGUGGAUGGAAGCACAGCCUUUGUGCCUGGAGAUGAUUACGGUCAGAAUCAAGGGCAAGAUUUAGGUGCAGGAGAGGAAGAGGAGGAGUUUCAAGGAACACCUACAAGCAACCAGAGGAGCCAGAGAUGCAAGAGGUCAACAAGCACUUCGAGCACUUUGACCAGUCCAUUGAAGAAGAGCAAGAGCCCAAUGGUGAAGAUUGUGAAGGACAUAGCUAGUACCUUCAAGGAGUCUGUCGCAGCCAACACUAAGCAAAUGAGAAGGCUGCAUUUUCUGUGAAGAGGUGUCAGGAGCUAGCAUUUGAGUGUGGCAUUGAGCAAACAAUUGACUCUGUCUAUGCUCUGCCCAAGAUGUUCGAGACGGAGUACCAAAGGGAGUUCUUCUGUGUCCUAUUAACACACGAGCUUAGGUUGGGUUACUUCAUAGGAGCUAUAGAUGGGACACAUGUAAAGGUUGUGGUGGAUAAGAGUAAGAGGGUUCAAUACUUGAACAGGCACAAUGAAACCAGUCAGAAUGUGCUUGCUGUUUGUGAUUUUGACAUGAGAUUUACAUUUGUGAUGUCGGGAUGGCCUGGUUCAGCACACGACAUGAGAGUUUUCAAAGAUGCCAUAACUACUCAUCGUCACAAAUUUCCACAUCCACCACCAGGUUUGCUACUUGAACCGUCUUGCACUAAUAUUUAU